AUGCUGGAGGCCAGGUCACUCGUUCACAUAAAAGCUUGUUCUUUGUGUCCAUUCCCGUCUUCUCGCCAGAUCGCGAAAGACGCCAAGGAGUGCGUUCAGGAGUGCGUGAGCGAGUUCAUCAGCUUCAUCACGUCGGAGGCGAGCGAGCGCUGCCACCAGGAGAAGAGGAAGACCAUCAACGGGGAGGACAUCCUGUUCGCCAUGUCCACGCUGGGCUUCGACAUGUACGUGGAACCGCUGAAGCUUUACCUGCAGAAGUUCCGAGAGGCCAUGAAGGGCGAGAAGGGGAUCCCCGGGGUGUCGGUGGGAGACGGCCUGGGAGACGAGCUCACGGACGACGGCUUCGCCAACCCCCUGCCAGCCGGGAUCAUCACGGCCGACGGCCAGCAGCAGAACGUCAUGGUCUACACCACCUCCUAUCAACAGAUCCCCACCGUGCAGCAGAUCCAGUUCUCAUGACGAGGCCUGACCCCCGAGCCGGGACGCAGGGGCUCCUUCACCGGGCAUCCGUCGGCGGGGUGACCCUCUGACCCCCGCCACAGGGUGGAGGUGGAGGUGGAGGUGGAGGAGGACGGGGGGGGGUCUGCAGAAACCCCUCAUGUACAGAGAAAUCACUACCUGUUCAGUAGAAAGUCUAGUUCCUAGUUGUGCGGUACCAAAUGUUUUGGGCGUGCGUUCCCAAGCAGUUGG